AAGCACCUGAGGCGAGCUGUCCAUUGGAGUGCUGGGGUGCAUGAGUGCUGGUCAGCAGACCAGCAUGACAAAUGGCAAUGGUUCAGACUGUUCUUGCAUGUUGGGUUGGAUAACUUUUCAAAUUACAUCCUCUGGCUGAAGGUCUGGUGGACAAACUCCAACCCAUGGCUCAUUGCCAGUUUUUAUCUGGAGGCAGCAUCCAGGUUCCAAGGAAUCCUGCUGCUCACCCAGAGUGAUCCUGGCUCUGAGAAUCAUGGCAUGGCAAAUGCCCAGACUACCCUGCACCAGAUGCUGGACCCAGACCUGCAUGGCAUGCUCCAGCAUCAAUGGAUGUGCAGUCAUUCAAAUAUCAAGCCAGAAAUCUUUUGGUUGAAGCUGUGGCACCAGUGGGCAGAGGGGUGGGAGGCAAUGUUCCAGGAGGGGCUGGAUGAAGGAUGGUACCACAGUAACGAUGAGCUGGAACAUUUGGUCUUUCACUGGCUCAUGGUCCCCAUGAUCCAAGCCAAUCUUGAUCACUUUGGGCACAUUCACAACUCCAGCAAGCCAUGCAAAGACAAUAAGAAGGCCAUGCCUGCAGAAAUCCCAGCUAUGCUGCUGGAGAAUCCAGCAGCAUAUGGUCCAUACCAUGACUACAAGGCCAAGCAUCUCGAGAUAGCUGGACAUCUCUAUGCUCCUGCAGGGCAUGAGGUGUUCCAGCUGGUGCCACAGACAUUUGCAGAGCAUGCCCAGCAUGCAUAUAUUGUGCUUUGUCACCCUGAGGUGAAUUGUGCAAGCUUCUGGGAAGUCUAUUCCCUCAUGCUGCAC